AUGUCAAAAGUCGUGUCGGCAGAAUAUUCUCAUGUCUCUGGAAACCCACAUAGUCUUCAGCCGGGGCAAUGGGCUCCGCCUCGUGCACCUUUGCCCCCGCAUCGUCUUGCGAAGAUAGCCAAUGCCCUGGGAGUCUCUAUGCCUUCUCCCGCAGGACCUAAUUCUUCAUCUCCAUACUUGUCUGCUUCCUUUCCUGGUGCAUCUCCCACCAUAAGUCAUGCUGAUCUUCCCUGGCGCGUGACGACGCCGUCUAAUCCAUCUACUUAUAAUGUUGGAUCAUUUGCGUCUUCAUCUCAGUCCAAGUUCCUGCUCCAUGUCAUACCACCUCUUCACCUCCUUCACGACUUCGAUGCGACUGACCCAUUGGAGCCUGCGCCUCCUCCUAAUGCAUCAGGAUAUCACACGCAAUUCCGACGCGGCACCCUUGUCUCUCUACAGCCCUCGCUGCAUGCGCAACUUAAUGCAAUUGCCAAAGAAUAUGCAUUACCUAGCACAAUCGGCCUCGUCCUUUACCUUAUUACAACUUCCCCACAGAGUCGCCAGAAUAGUCCAAUGCCAUACGCGACCCCUAUUUCAGGAAACGAGGACGCAGAGGAACCAGGUCCGCGCAUAUCCGAAGAAAUCUGGAAACGUAUCUGGGGUCGAGUUCUGAAAGCUGAGCGUGAAGAAUCUCUCGCACUUUCGCGGGGACCACGCCCUAGUCCUUUCGGUCUGGGUCUAGGACCAGACCCACCGGGCCAGUCCAACUUGCGCCCUUUGGUCACCCCUAUGCGGACAGAAACGCCGCAACCGCAACCUAUCACAUACCCAAUUACUCCUUCGUCUACCACGUCUUCAGUAUCCGAUCUUCGGUCUCACUCUAAAUCUGCCCCUCUAUCAUCCUCAUCACUGACACACUCGGAACCAGAUACCCCUGAUACCUCCCGUUCUUCUGAUAAUGAAAUACUUGGAGUUGACCUCCCAGGUCUUAAUUCACCCUCUAUAAUACCUAUACUUGCGAAAGUGGAGUUCGAUAUUGAUCGACGGAAAGCAGCGUGGUACGAGCCAUGGUUGCGUGGCCGUCUAAUGACCCAUGCUAAACGUGCCGAGAGUCGUCAAAGUAAUCGAGCGCAUUCUCAACCACGUGCAGGGGGAGAUGGAGAUGGGAAGCGUGUGCCGUUCGAUCUAAGACUAGUGGAGAGGAUGCAGAAUGCAAGUUCUGUGCCUAGCUUUACUGCGUCACUGUCUUCAAGAGAGGAGGGCGGCACUGGCGGGUAUGCUCCCCUGUCAGAUUCCACGGAUGAAGCAAUUGAAGAAGACACAACAAGGGAGGGAGGCGGCACUGACGGGUAUACUCCCCUGUCAGAUCCCACAGGCGACGAAGUUGACGAGGACAUGGCAACACACGAGACUGACAUCUGUCAUCACGAUCCUUUGGUGGACGUCUUCGGCACUGAUGCAGAUACCUGGGCUGAGAUGCGCGCCGAAUCGCAGGGCAACCAGCCUGAGAUCAAUCCAAAUGUAGUCGAACUUGCGUUGGAUGUGUCCUCAAUUACUGCAAUGCCUGAACAGGAACAAGCGGGAGAUGAGGUGGAUGAUGCGGAAGAGGUUUGGGAUAUCAUGCGCCGGAUGUCAAAGCCCACGUUGACCUUAUCAAUACCAUCUUCACCCAACUCGCAGCAACUGUCAUCACCCCCCGUAGGAGGUUCUAAGAAGUCACCUCCCCCACCUUUAGUCCUUGCUCCCGACGACACAAGAAAUGACCUCCUUCUGCAUACUGGACCGAGCCCAAUGUUGUCAUCUUCCAGUGGAGGCGACAGUACGAGUCUGCCUUAUGCGCAUUCAAGUUCGAGAGGGACGCCGGUCGCGGAUGAGAUAGGUGACGAUGAUGGACUCUCCCUGGAUAUGGACCAAGAAUAUAUGCGAUCACGGAGUCCUGAAGAAAAGCGCGGCGGUGCGGUUUUCGAGGACCUUAAUCUUGGCUUAGAUCUGGGGGAUGAAGACGAAGAGUACGACGAGAAUGAUCCAAAUGAUCAACGCAGAAGCCAAUAUCUCAUGAGAGCCAAACUUGACGAGAUUGAACGGACUUUGGCACAGUUUUCUCCGAGACAUAUCAAGAUAGAUGACUUGGACCAAGAUAUUACGAUAACUCAUGCCCGAACGAAGUCACUCCUCGCACUCCAUACAGGAGGAACUUCGAAAUUAUCAAUUGAUCGUACACGCGACAUUCGGGCGACAGGGAACUCCAUCGAUCGUGCCGAUACAAGUGACAAAUCGUGGCCUGCUGUCUCCUACUCAUCUAUCGCUAAUAAAUCAUCGCAAUCUCCAAGCUCCCAGUCACAUCGGCCUCUAAAUCUUACUCCGUCACCACCUCAGCUUGCUGUCAACGGUGUGUCGACAGGUGCCCCAAAAUCGUUCGCUCCACCCUCGCGGUCCUCAUCACCCAAUGCUCUCUCCGCAGAGACCAAGAUUCGCAAACGAGAUUUGGAGCCAUCUAUGUACCCACCACCCUUGCCCCCUUCCUUUGGAAGGCUAUCGGAUAUGGCGACCGACUCCCCCAUACCGUUGUCUCCCGAUCCUUUUGGGCGGUACCCCUCUUAUCUCGAGUCAGAGGCACACCCCGCCCCGACGUAUUGGGAUCCUGCAACUGGGCAAUUCACCAGUAUUCCUAUUGAAUCCAGACCAUCUUUGUCAUCCGUGGAUGAGGGUUCUGUUGCUUCCACAACACCCUCCAGCCGAUUCUCUGCUGACUCAGCAAGUUUUUCGAUGGAUGCUGCGGCUGCAAAAACCUCUACUCUUCUCGUCAGCGUCAAGACCUUCAAGAAACUUUGGCGGAGAAGCAAGUCUGCAUCGGUGUCGGCUCAGCAACCUCCGACACCAAAUGCCGGACAAACUUCGUUCCAGGGAUCUGCACCGCCUACUCCAUCGUUUCAUGAUCAACUUGGGCCGCCGCAAAGAGGAUUGCCUCCUAUGCCUGGGACGACUAUGCCACGAACACCCACACGACCAUCGUCUCCAACAACUCCUUCGUCAGAGAAGACGAGUGUUCGUAAAUCGAUUCUCAAGACCUGGAAAUCAGUAUCAGGUUCCACAGCCUCUUCUAGUGCUCCUUCGGAACCAAGACGAGAUACUGAAAGACCUGUGUCUAACGAGACCAUAAAGCCUCGGAGGCCGAGCGUCUUGGAUGCUGGAGUACCUCCAACUCCGAAACUUGCUGAACAAUAUCUGCCUUCAAAUCACGCCCGAACAGGCAGUGGCAUUUUUGAGCGAAGAAGGUCUGUUGGACGAUCUAAAAUGGGAGCCUCAUCAAAUCUUUCGACAUCAUUUCAAGACGUUGCCCUUCCAUCCAGGACGCACUCGCAGACGUCUUCACCUCUACCUCCUCCAGGUUCUGUAUCCCCUGCUCGCUCUCUGCAGUCUGCUUCUCGCCAUUCCAAAGUAGAUGGCAGCUUUGAAUCAGCACAAUAUGAGCUAGUAUCCGCCUCGCCCCGACUAUACCCGAACUUGUCUUAUCCCUACCAAACGCUUGACCAAGAUUAA